AUGCAUGCUGUAGGAAUGACUCGGGCCACGGUCGCGUCUGUUGACGGCCUGCCCAACUCUGUCUCGGCGUACGGCUCCAACUCGUCAUCGCCGCCGUGUCCGCUUUGCGCGUCGCCGCUGACUUCUUGCUCUGCGAAACUGGCUGCGCCUCAGCGCUCGCCCGCGCGCGGCCUCCUGCCUCCACGCAUCGUCCCCACAGACUUUCUGCUGCUGCCUCCGCCCGCCAGGUGCGGGGCGAGCGCCGGCUUGCGGACGGGCUCUGCGUACUCCUUCCAAGAUCAGCUCGAGAGCUUCUCGCAGGAUGGCGGUCGCGAGCGGCACUGCACCUGCGCGGUCGCGGGCGUGUCGCCCACCCACGAGGCACUGAGAGCCAGAGCGGACGCCGCCGACGGCCAGGGCGACUCGUCGCACCACUGCUCCCUCUGCGGAGGUGUGCCGAUCGGGAUGGCGCGGAGACACUCCUCCUUCUUCCAAGAGUCCGUCAGCUGCCUGUCGGCCUCCAGCCGCAGCGUUGAGCUGCUCAUCUGGGGCGUCCGCAAGCUUAUCGAGCGGGACUUCCCCUGUCUGUACUCCCGACACAACGUGGACGCUUCACGCAGCGCAGAGGAGCAACGCCUGGAUAGAAGUGUAGCAGACUCUGAGCACUGCUGCGCAGUGUCGCAGGGGUCGCCUGCGCCUCUGGAGGCGGGCGAGUUGCCUUCGACGACGCACCAGACGCCGAUGCAGGCCGCACAGGGCUUUCCUACCGGGGCGAGUGCGGCGUUUGCGUCGCCCAGCUUCUCCCCGUUCCCGCCAUGCUCGGACGUCUUUCCAGUUGCGUGCGCGCCGAUGAUGGGCGGCUGCUGCUGCCGCGGGUCGGUCAACUCCGGCAUCGCCUGCGAGGCGCGUCAGAUUGUGGCCGUGUCGAUUGAAGGCAAUCGCCAGCGCGACCGCAAAGUCCUGAAGUGGGUGCGAAACAACGUGCUCAAGUCGGGCGACGUCGUCGUCCUUGUCACCGCGUGGGAGCGCGCAGAAGACCCCAAGUUCCUCAAGGUGCCUGGCAUGAUCCUGAGCAACAACACCGACGCCAGCAGCUAUAACGUGAGCAUGGUUGGAAAACUAAACGCCCGCCUGAAGCACGUCGCCGCUUCCCUCCUCUCGGACUGCCGCGUCUACCCGCUCGUCGUGCCCCUCGCUCGAGUUAACAAGGCGUCGGUGGGCGACCUGCUGUGUCAGUGCGCCGCGGAGCUGCAGGCGGAUGUGCUAGUCGUCGGCUCGCAUGGGCACACGUCGCUGCGCCAGGUUCUCUUCGGCUCUGUUUCUCGGCACGUGCGAUCUCACGCAACCUGUAAAGUCGUGAUUCCGCGCAUUUAG